AUGUCUGCUGCGCAAAAGGCGACUCACCACAAUGAGCAAUCCCCCGUAGCUACCGACCGUUCAAGCACGCCGCAGCCCAUCGCCCAGCAACAACCACAACCACAACAUGACACACGCGACGACGACAAGGCCAGCCAUGUAGACUCGGACUCCAGUGGUGCCGAAGACGACGAAGAAGACGACGACGAGCCGCAUCUCAAGUACGACAAGCUCACGGGCGCCUUGGGCACCGUGUACCGCAAUGGCGAUGCCACCAGCUCCCUGCUCGUCGCCGGUGACAAGAUGAUUCUCGGGACCCACAAUGGAAACAUCCACACGCUCGCCCUGCCCUCGCUACACUCGCUACGUCUCUACCAUGCCCAUUCGGCCUCCAUCACCGCAAUAGACGUCUCUCCUACCCCACAGCCCUUCUCCAACCCGCCUCGCCUGGACCGUCUGAAUUCGAAUGCCUGGCGAGCCCCACCGCUACCCAUACCUUCGUCGCGCAACCCCAAGCAGCCCCCAAACCUGCCUCCGACCCCGUCGAAUCUGAUCCAUAUUGCUACCGCUUCCAUCGAUGGCCAUGUCUGUGUCUCUUCGCUCGUCGAUCCCAAGGAUGUUACUCUCCGCAACUUCGCCCGCCCCAUCAACGCUGUUGCUCUGUCGCCAGAGUACAAGACCGAUCGCACAUACCUCUCUGGAGGUCUCUCUGGAAACCUGAUCAUGACUACCGGCGCCAAAUCUGGUGUGAGUGCCGACGCCAAUACAAACAGCGCCGUGGCCGCUGCCUCGGGUUGGCUUGGAUCUAUAGGUCUGGGGCAUAGUACCGGCAAGGACACCGUCUUGCACUCCGGCGAAGGUGCCAUUAGCACAAUCUCUUUCUCGAGUAGUGGUCGCUUCGUUGUCUGGGUCAACGAGCACGGCAUCAAAAUCAUGCGCUCGCAUCUCAAGCUCGAAUCACACGAAUCAGAGUCAGCUUGGAAACGCAUUGCACAUAUCGAUCGGCCCAAUCGUAAUGCUUGGCCAGACAUGGCUUCUGUAUGGAAGACUCGUGUGCAGUGGAUCAACGACGACGCUCUUGAAGCAGACCUGGACGAACCAAGAGCUCCAAACGGCUCUGCUGCUCAAGACUCAACCAAGCCUUCCAAAAGAAGUCCGCCAGAGAAGUUGCUCGUUGGAUGGGGGGAUACUGCUUGGUUGAUUCAUGUAUAUGCAUCGCGUCUUACUACCGGCAAGAACGGUGUACAGCGUCUUCCUGGACGUGCCGACAUCCUCCACAAACUGACCUUUGAAGAUUGUGUUGUUUCCGGAUUGUCACUCUACACUCCUUCUUUACUCGCCGUUCUUGCUUAUCGCACGCGCGACGACCAAGAUAAUCCCAUCCCCUCUUCCGUACAAGACACGCCGAAGCGAGGCAGACAUCACCGGCAAACUGGUUUACAACCCGAGCUUCGCUUAAUCAACUUUGCGACCGGUGAGGAGGUCGACGUUGACACUCUCAACAUUAAUAGAUUCGAGUCAUUGUCUGCUGCUGAUUAUCAACUGACAUCGCUUUAUGUGCCCCCGCCACCACGUCUUGCCCCAGCACAGAAGGGUGCUCUGGAGAAUUUUGGUGCCGGGUUAUGGGAUGCAGGUGCGAGUGCCACACGUCUUUUCAGUUCUGCAGGAUCCGUCGGUGGUUCUCAACUCGGUGCGCCGCCUCAUUCGACUCCUGACGCAAACCCUUUCCUCGCGCGAACGGGUCUCAAGCUCUUCGUUCACAGCCCGUAUGAUUGUGUUCUGGCUAUCAGGCGCGAACUUUCGGAUCAUCUCAGCUGGCUGCUAGAGCGCAAGCAGUACGGAAAAGCUUGGACUUUGAUCGAUGACCAUCCUGGCAUAGUCGGCAUACCAAGUGACCGACAAUCCAUCCCCUCUUCGCCCAGUGGACCAACACGUGCCCAAAACAGCCUUGUUGAUUUCUUUGCUGAUGAGGAUGUAUCUCAGACUACCAUGUCUCCCGAGAAGAUCCAAAAUUCCAUCGCCAUCAAGGAGAAACAACGGGUGGGAGAUUUGUGGUUACAGCAGCUUGUCGCAAAUGACGAAUGGUCAACGGCAGGCAAAGUAGCUGGUCAGGUUCUUGGCACCUCUUCUAGGUGGGAGAAGUGGGUGUUGGCUUUUGCACAGGACGGCCAUUUCGAUGAGAUCACGCCCUAUAUUCCUAGUACCGACAUGAAGCCUGCGUUGCCUUCAUUUGUGUAUGAAGUCGUCUUAGGCCACUACAUUGGUCACGAUCGACCAAGAUUCCGCGAGUUACUAGAACGUUGGGAUCCCGAGUUGUUCGAUAUCACCAGCGUCAAAACGGCCAUUCAGAACAAGCUUGAAUCGAGCGACGUUAACGAGGAAUCUGUUGAGGGCGGAGAGCGAGGGAGGGACUGGCGCAUUCUGCUGGACGGACUGGCGAAGCUCCACCUCGCUGAAGGUAGCACAACAGAUGCCUUGCGCUGUUACGUUCGAUUGCAGAACGGCGAUGCAGCCAUGUCGUUGAUUCGGGAAUAUCACUUAGCGGAUGCUGUCUCUGAUGAUAUACCCGGGCUGCUAAUGCUCCGUGUCCCCAGAGAGCAGAUGAAGGCUGCUUCCCUGGAAGAAUUGGAGGAAGCGUCAGCCGAGGUCGUUGGCCUACUGAUAGACGAAGCCUUCUCGGGCAACAUCAGACCUGAAGUUGUUGUGUCGCAGCUCGACCAGCGUGGGUCAACCUAUCAACCAUUCCUGUUUUUCUAUCUUCGUGCUCUCUGGACAGGACGAACGACAGACGAAGAAACACCAAUGACCCGAGCUGAACGAAUGAAACUUCAACAACAGAUAGAAGAAGGCCGACUGCUGGUUGAACACUACGGCGAUCUAGCAGUAGCACUCUUCGCACAAUACGACCGCGAACUGCUGAUGGACUUCCUGCGAUCUUCGACCUCAUAUACAUACGAAAAAGCAUCGCAUAUAUGUGAGGAAAAACACUACGUCCCAGAGCUUGUGUAUCUCCUUAGCAAGACUGGACAGACAAAGAGGGCCUUGUUUUUGAUCAUUGAAGAUCUUGGCGACGUCAGUCAAGCCAUUUCGUUCACCAAGGAGAAUCCUGAUCUCUGGGAUGACUUAUUGGACUACAGCAUGGACAAGCCAAAAUUCAUUCGUGCAUUAUUGGAAGAAGUCGGCACAUCUAUCAACCCCAUCACGGUGGUCAGGCGAAUACCGAACGGCCUCGAGGUCGAGGGCCUACGAGAGGGCAUCGGUAAGAUGAUUCGCGAGUAUGAGAUUCAACACAGCAUCAGCGAUGGAGUUGCCAAAGUUCUAAGGGGUGAGGUGACGUCGGGCAUGGAUGUCCUCCGUGCAGGACAAAAGAAGGCAGUGAAGUUUGAGGUUACACACGAAAAGCUCGACGACCUUGAGGUGCAUGCAGAUGCGGUUCCGAUCAUCAAUGGUAAUGGCAUGGAGGACGAUAGCACUGAUCACACGCCCAAACCGGGGUAUUGCGUUGGUUGCAAAGACGUGUUCCAUCAAGAUGAGAAAGAAACGCUUAUUGGAUUUAAUUGCGGCCAUGUCUUCCACCUGUCUUGUCUCCUGGAGCUCGACACCAAAGCAGAUCAGGCCGAUGCGAGAAGGGGAGAAGGACAAAGGCUUUCGGAGGACGAGGAGCCCGUUGACACUGGCAGAAGUGUGCGAACCAAGGUCGAGCAUGCACACCAGAUCAAACGAGCAGUACAAGGUGGAUGCCCGGUGUGCACACUGCCAGACGAGAGUGGUUAG